UGGCUCACACAUGGGUGCGGCAUCGGGCGUGGAACCCCCAAGAACGGCCAUGCUUCCUCCGACCAUCAGACCAUAUCGCCGUUGCAUGUUCGCAGCUCAGUGCAAAGGAUAAAGCGCGGCAUCCGUGUCGCCUGUCCCGUUUGGGAUGGCAUGUCUUGCCAGCUUUCCGUGGCGGUAUCAGCAGGGAUGGGGCACUCUCACCAGACACUCGUCCAGACACCCGCCAUCCAGACACUCAUCUGGCCCACGGCCCUUCUCCCUUCUCCGCUCUCUGGGGUGUCUUGCCCAUAUACUGCGGCAUACACUGUCGAUGUCCAGAACGACGUCUACCAGUGGAUCAUCAACGACGUUAUCCGGAAGUUUCGCGAAAACUACAGCAGUCUCGGCAUUCGCGAGUCGGUGCUGCAAGAACUUCAGCAGACAUGGGAGCUCAAAGUCCGACAGGCGAAAGUGGCGGAUCCGCUAUCAUCCAAUGAGGGCGAGCCAUACGAAGACGUAGAGAGACUGGCCACCCUCGCUAAUGCUGCAGCAGUUGUUACAUCGCAAAACUCGACCGCGGAUGCCGAUGCGAGACUCCAUCAGGCAUGGGAAAAGAGAAACGCAAAGAAGGAUCGAUAUGGAGACGAUGAUGAUGAUGACGAUGACGAUGAGGACGGCAACGAUGAUGAUAUCGGAUCGGACCUGGACGACGACGAUGAUGACGAGGACGACCAAAACUCUGGCGAUAUUAUCCUGUGUCAAUAUGAAAAGGUGUCGCGAAUCAAGAACAAGUGGAAGUGCAUCCUGAAGGACGGCGUCAUCAACGCAAAUGGAAAGGACUACCUGUUCAACAAGGCCAAUGGCGAUUUUGAGUGGUAAUCGAGGCGUUCGCUGCGUCUCUGGUCUGCCUCGAACCGGAUGAGCCCGUUCCGGCGGUUUCCGAGAUUGCCGACAGUCGGGCGAAAGAUGCAUCCAUGCUCUCAUGAAUGUAGCUGUGUUUGCCCGUCGUCGCCCGAGCCCAACCGAAGCUUCCUCUCGUCUUCCCGUUCUUCUCGAGGCCACUGAGAUUUGGACUUGCGUUCCGCGACCUGCACAUAUCCUCGAGUACACAUGCGGUGUGUUCAUGGAUAUGAUCAUACUCGCUAUUCCCAUCGUGGAGCCACCAGGGCCAUGUCCAUGCUCUUUCAAGGG